AGGCACAGGUUGGAUUUGGAGAAUAAAUCCUGGAGGGCUGGGGGCAUGAAUCACAGGCUCAGGUCUGGGCAGCUGAAAAACCUUUGUGAAAGAGAUUAGUGAGCCCCGCUUCCGGAAGGCUCAAUAAAGUUUUCUUGAAUGAAUGGAUGACUGAGGUGGGUAGGCAGCAUAACACCUCUUCUCUGCAUUCAAGUCCCGGGCCCAGCUUUCUCACUCUCCUUGCCUGGUACCCACAGACCCCUGCUUUACCUUCAGUUGCCCACCUAGCACCUUGAUGCCAGUUGAUCCUUCCACCUGCCCAUCUGUGCCCCACGUGGGUGACUCCUGGGCACACCUUAUCCUCCAGAGACUGAGCUGAGGUCUCAUCUGAGGGGGAGAUCAAGGCACUGGCGAAUGCUAGGGGUCCCCCCAUUAGCCCAACUUGUGCCUGUGCUCUCCUCCACCCCCCAUAAUGUUUUGCCUCACCCCCUUUCCACCCCAGGACCAGUAUGAGCUGGUCCUAAGGCUCCCCAACACCUAAGGCUCCGGUGGUAACUGCUAACUGCGUGGGGAGGCAGGCUUUGGUGCUUAUCUUUGUGAAUAACCCCAGGGGCAGGUGGUUUCAUACCCCAGUCUGUUCAUCCAUUAAAUGCUUGGAUCCACUGAAAAGGGGUGUGAAAGCUCCCUGAGGGUGGCCAGAGCUGGGAGCCUUGGUCCUUAUCCCCCCCACCCCAUAAGCCAGGCCCAUCCUCCUUCCAAAGACAGUUGGAGCAUCAGCAGCUCCCCAACCCUUCCCAAAGUGCGCAGGGGUACCCGGCCCCUCCCCCAGCCCAGGAGCAGGAAGAAAGAAGUUACUAAGUUACUGGUUACAUCAAUGCUAGUCUGUCGGGUGGGGCUUCCAACCCUCCCACCCCCAUCACCCUGUGGGGCAGGAGAGGCAGGCAGGCUCUAAGGAGGGGUCGCCCUCCCAAUGCCCUCUGGGUGGGGUGUGUGGUUCCAUAUUAUUGGUGCCCCCUGCAGCCUGUGUCUUGUCACCCCCCCCUCGCCUCCAGCCCACCCAGAGACCAUGCAUCCCCUUGGCAGGUGCAUUCUUGGGGGAGCGGCAGCAAGCCCCCCUGUGACAAUAAGGAACCUCCUACAGCCUGCUCCUCCCUCUUCACACCCCCUUGGAGGUAUAAGGAGGGAACUGACAGCCCAGACUGCUCGGCUCCAGAGAGGGGAAGGGGGGUUAAGAAGGCAGGUGUAGAAAGACAAGCUUUGGGGCGGCUGGGUUUUUUCUCUCUGCCCCUCCGCCUGGCACACGGUGUCCAGCCAUGGGGACCUUCAAUCCAUGGACAGAUUACCUGGGUUUGGCACGCCUGGUGGGGGCUCUGCGUGGGGAAGAGGAGCCUGAGACCAGGCUGGACCCCCAGACAGAACCAGUGCCAGGACUGGAGGGUCAGACACCCAGCCCGGAAUCCUCACCAGCUCCUGAACGCCUGUGCACUUUCUGCAAGCACAACGGCGAGUCCCGGGCCAUCUACCAAUCCCACGUGCUCAAGGACGAAGCGGGCCGGGUGCUGUGCCCCAUCCUUCGAGACUACGUGUGCCCCCAGUGUGGUGCCACUCGCGAGCAUGCUCACACCCGCCGCUUCUGCCCGCUCACCGGCCAGGGCUACACCUCCGUCUAUAGCUACACCACCCGUAACUCGGCCGGCAGGAAGCUGGCCCGCUCGGACAAGGCGAAGACGCCGGACUCCGGACACCGCCGAGGAGGAGGAGGAGCCUGUGCAGGUUCCAAAGGUGCCGGGAAUCCUUCUGGAACUACCCCCUCUUCCUGCUGUCCCUUCACUUCUGCCUAAGGAGGCUGGCGCGGGCAGGACGGGGUUGCUGCCUUCACCUGGGGUUGGGGACCCAGGCCCACUGGAGGCUGGAUUUCAGGGAAGACUCACCCUCCGAGGAUCCGCCCCUAGGCCCUGCCCCCAGCCUGAGGGCCUGGCAAAGGAGCCCCGUCUGGGAGCACAGCCCAAAGAGUGCCCCGACCCCCUCACGGAAGGAGGUGGUUCUCAGGCACCCCGGCCCUCCUUCCCCAGCGCUGGG